AUGGACCGUCCCAUUGAUGAAAUUGUCAAGAACCUUCUCAAGUUCGUUGUCAGAGGCUUCUAUACUGGAACUUACGUUUUAGUUGUAGAUGCUAUUCUCUUCCAUUCCGUUUUGUCAGAAGAAGAUCUGGCACAUCUGUUGGGAAUAAAAAGGCCAGAACUUCGUGGACUACUCACUAAGCUUCUGGAAGACCGGAUGAUUGCAGUACACUCUCAGCAGGAAUUUCAUUUCAAUACCAGAAGCAUUAAAAGAUACUAUUACUACAUCAAAUACCCACAGGCAAUAGACGCAAUCAAAUGGAAGGUUCACCAAAUCGUGUCUCGGCUAAAAGAUGAUCUAGACAGAAAUUCUGCUCCUCAGGGAUACAUGUGUCCCGUUUGCCACACGAAAUAUUCGCAACUCGAGGCGGUGUCGUUGCUGAAUUAUGAGAAAACACAGUUUUUAUGCAGUUUGUGCGAAGAACCCUUGGUAGAAGACGACUCUGGUAAAAAAUCUAAGGAAAAGCAGAUGAAACUGAACAGACUCAUGGAUCAGGUACAGCCAGUUAUCGAUUAUCUGAAAAAAAUCGAUGAUUCAAGAAUCGAGGAAAACACUUUUGAGACAUCGUUGGCGAGAUUGAUCCCACCACAAAACAAUUCUGUUGCGUCUUACACAGUGAACCCAAGAUCCAAGAAAAGUAAAAUGUUCACCCCUGGCGAUAAUACGAACUCUGCUCUGGACAAUGCCAGCAGUAUCAGGGCCGGCGCAAAGUCUCAGGCCACCUUGCAUGUCAAUAUCACAACCGCGACAGAUGAGCAGGUCCGCAGCGAGCGCCAAGAAAGAGAAAUGGAGGAAAAGAGGAAGCAAAAUGCUUUGCCUGCGUGGCAUGAACAGAGUACGGUUGGAAAGGCUGCUUUGGGCAGGCUUGACAAGGACGACGAAGCCAUGCCUGCAGCCUCACCGCAGGCAAACGAAGAAAUUCAAGAUCCACAACUUUCUGAAGAAGGUGACGGCUCAUUCACGAACGUGGAGCUCGUGGCACCGGCACAGCCGCUAACCCAAAAGGAGGUGGAAGAAAAAGAAGCCGAGAGAACCUUGGCGGAUUACUACGCGCAAUUGGCCAGGAAACAAGCCAUGGAAGACGAAGAAGACGAGGGCGAGGAAGCUGUCGAGGAUGGGGAAGACGGAAUGGACUACGAUGUGGAGUUUGAGGAUGUGAGCAGCGAAAACGAAAACGGCGCAGAAAAUGGCAGCGGCGGAAAUAACGACUCUGCUGUUAAGGAAAAUACAGCUGGAACCGUGGAUACAUCCCAGGUCAACAAAAAAGCAGAGGGGGUUGAAAAUGAGGCAAGCAGAAAUGGUACAACAAAAGCAGAAGAAAUAGAGGAUGAAGACAUGGACGCUGAAUUUGAAGACGUUUGA